AUGAACGCCGUCGCACUGCACGCAAACUUGGUGUCUAUGACCGCCGGAGCGGCAGACACUCGCUGGGCUUCGCUUCGGGCUCAAGCCGAGGCCUUCCGAGGAGACGCUUUCCGAGCCAAGCUCCAGCAAGAGGCCAGGAUCGAGCCGGCUAGACAAUGCGAGGCCGAUAAGCUACAGGCCAAGGAACUUGAGGCAGUCAAGUUCGUUGCGCCACGGCGAUUCGUCGCGCCGCGACCACGUUGGUCGCUCUCCAGGAUCCUCUCCUGGCAAGAGCAGGACGAGCUGGAGGCCCCAUCGAAGGCCUCUCUGGACGAAGCAUCCCCGACACGAACGGUGAGUGGUUUCUACCGCAUGCAGAGUGUGCCGCCACAAUCCGGAGUUGCUCAUAACGUCCACCAGUACGCUGGCCGCGGAGGCAUCAUCGGAAAGCUUCUGCUCGCCGCGGGUCGCCGCCGCUGGGAGAACGAGGACUCGAACGAAGCUCCAGCCUGGCCGCCCGCCUCAGAGCUGAUCGCAUGCCCACCGAACUGGGGCAAGGCUCGCGCCACGGACGCGGCGGUCGGCCGCGCUGUCGUCCUCCACCCCGUGUCACGGUCCGAUGAUGGCUACUUUCCCCCUCCUGGACUCCAUGCACCGGCUCUCGGCCUCAACCUCCCCCGAGCUACUCUGCGAAGCACGGUCUCAUCGUCCCAUUUUAUUGGGAGUGAUGGGACGGAGUGGCCGAUCCCACCUACGGAGUGCAUGCAGGCGUCGUCGCCAUCGUUAUCGCCCGUUGCAUCCGACGAUGAACCUUUCACCACCGAGGGCGAUGAGGUCCACACGCCAUCAUGCUCGCCCGCGUGCUCGAGCGUGUCGUCGUCGCUGCCUCGCACCCCGGCCCACAAGGGUGGCAGUCUCGCCCAGACAACGAAGGGCGAUUGCGGGUCGCGUUGGGGCGUGAUUGGGGAGGGUCGACCUGUCCUUGUCUGCCCGCAGACACCGCUCUUGUGGUCGAGGGAGCUCGUGCUUGACUCGCCCAUUUCGUCCUGGGUCGCCGACCUCGAGUCGCAAGUCGGGUCCCGAUGUGACUCCGAAUUCGAGUGGAGCUCCGGAUCAGAGUACGACUCGGAGGAAGAAGUCUGGAGCGACGUCGAGAUUGCCUCCAACAGGGGCUGAAGAUGGUAAACUCCGUCGUCGCCGGUGGCGGUCAGACCAUCGAGUCGAUAUCAGGGCCAAUGGGGAUGUUAGCCGUUCCCUGCAGCGUAAUCAAGACUCCUCUCGUCAUGUUGACGGGGCAAUACCCGUGGCGCCUCAGCAGUUCGGUCGAGCAGUUCGAGGUAGACGCUGUCAGUGACAGCGAGAGACAUUGCAUGACCUCGUGUCAGUACCUGAGAUAAGCUGGCACGGACAGGUUGUAGCUCGUAUUUAUCGCUCUUCAUACCAGAUGAGCCG